CCAAUGCAAAUGAGCUCCACUGGAAACACGCCCCACCAGGUGGUGCUUGUUAAUUUUCCGGUGGUUUAGCUUGAUACUUCGCCAACGGAGUUGGCCUUUAAAACGAACGUCUGUCGGCGGCGACAGUCAGAUCGGAUUCGGUUUUCCCCGGCCGUAAGACCCGAGUCAAGAUGUCGCUCCAAUUCAUGUGGCUGCUCCUCGCACUCAUCCCCAUCCUUGCGCAAUCUAUUGCCUUGGUGGAGCAAGUGCAGCCGGCGGAGGAGCUGCUAGCGUCCCAUUGGCUGAGCCAGGCGCAGACUCAGCUGUGCGAACGUGUGGCCAGGACCAAGGACUACAUCGCCGAUGUCCGACAGGCCAAGAAUGUGGUGAUGCUCCUGGGCGAUGGACUGUCCAUCACCACUCUAACGGCCGCCCGCAUCCUGAAGGGACAACGGCGCGGAGGACGCGGCGAGGAGGCACAGCUGGCCGUUGAGCGAUUCCCCUUCACCGGACUGAGUAAGACGUACUGCAUCGACGAGCAGACACCGGACUCCGCCUGCACGGCCACCGCCUAUUUUGGCGGUGUGAAGACGCACAGCGGCACAGUGGGUCAGAGCGGCAGUGGUGAGCGGGUGGACUCCGUGCUGCAGUGGGCACAGUGGGCGGGCAAGGCCACGGGAGUGGUGACCACCACCCGGCUGACGGACGCCAGUCCGGCGGGUGCCUACGCCCAUGUAAGCAGGCGCGGCGAGGAGCUGGAGAUUGCCCGACAGCUGAUGGAGGAGGAGCCGGGACGGCGUCUUAACGUCAUCCUGGGCGGCGGUAUGGGAAAAUUCGGCGACGAGCGGCGGGAUGGCAAGGAUCUGUUGGCUCAGUGGGGCGAAUCCAAUCCCAAUGGCUGCUUUUCGCGAUCCCUGAAAGAGCUGAGGAACUGCAGCGAUUCCACUGGCAACCUUCUGGGUCUCUUCAGUGACAGCCACAUGUCCUAUCACCUGGCCGCCAGCAAGGAGCAGCCGCGACUCUCCGAAAUGGCAGCGGUGGCCAUUGAAAAACUGGAGCAAAAGUCUCGCGAGAAUGGGAAUGGUUACUUCGUGUUCAUUGAGGGUGGGCGGAUCGAUCAUGGACACCAUGAAACCCGGGUGGGCUAUGCCCUCGAUGAGAUGCUCGAGUUCGAUGCGGCUGUGGAGACGGUGGUCCGGAUGACCGAUCCGCGGGAUACACUGGUGGUGGUCACCGCGGACCAUUCGCACACGCUCAGCAUGGCCGGAUACGCGAAGCGGGGCACACCCAUCCUGGGCAUGGAUGCACAGCAGCGGGAUGUGAACGGUGUGCCAUACAGCACCCUCAACUAUGCCAUCGGCAAGUGGCAGAGCCUGGACAAGGAGGGCCGGCGGGAGAGUCCGAGCAAGACACUCAGUCCCACAUCUUUCACACCCAGCUAUAUUCAUGGAAGGAAGGGCGUGCAUUCUGGCGAGGAUGUGGCCGUGUUUGCGAUGGGUCCGCAGUCGCAUCUGUUCGGUGGCGUCAUGGAGCAGAAUCUGCUGCCCCAUCUCAUGGGCUAUGCCGCCUGUAUUGGCAGUGGAGUCACCCUCUGCAACCAGGACAAGGAUGCGGAUUCGCCUUUGCCACAUUUUUCGUAGUUUUUCGGAUAAAUUUUUGUUUUCAUUUGUUUUAAAUAAAUGUUCUUGUAGUGCGCUUCUCACUUUGUA